CCACUGUCCAUUUCUGGUUCAAGAACUUCCCCGAAAGCCUGUUUCUAAUUUUAUGGAAACCCUUUGAAAUUUGGCACAGUUUUCAAAAGUAUGUAGGAAAAAAAAGGCUGCCAGAGGUUUGGCCUCCAACUGUGAAAACAGACACUGCCUUUUCAAACUUCUCUCCUAGAUCCACUGACCAACACCCAGAAGAGAGAAUUUACAUUCUUUUAGAAUACGAGCGGAAAAUGAAGACUCAGCUAAAAAUCAUAUUUGGUGUGGUUAUAUGCCUUUUGCUUUCCUUAUUACUUAUGUGUAUUAUACUGCUUCCAUCAAGAGUUGUCAACACAGAUGAUGGUCCCAGAGCUCUUACAUUGGAGGAUUAUUUGAAUGGAAACUUCCAAUAUAAAACAUUUUUUCCAUAUUGGGUGUCAGAUAAUGAAUAUCUUCAUCAGUCUGCAGAAGAUGAUAUUAUUCUUUACAAUGUUGAAAUGAACUACCCAACUACCAUCAUGACUAACAGCACAAUGAAACAAGUUAAUGCUUCAAAUUAUGUGUUAUCAUCAGACAAGUAUUUCAUAGCUCUGGAAAGCAAUUAUUCAAAGCUGUGGAGAUACUCUUAUACAGCAUCAUACCACAUUUAUGAUCUUAUAUAUGGUGGUUUUGUAACAGAAAAUCAGCUUCCACAUAAAAUUCAGUAUAUAUCCUGGUCACCCGUUGGACACAAAUUGGUAUAUGUAUAUCAGAAUAAUAUCUAUUUGAAACAAAGUCCAAGAGAGGCUCCAAUUAAACUAACUAGUGAUGGAAAACAGAAUGAAAUAUUUAAUGGGAUUCCUGAUUGGGUCUAUGAAGAGGAAAUGCUAGCGACAAAAUAUGCACUGUGGUGGUCUCCAAGUGGAAAAUAUUUAGCAUAUGUACAAUUUAAUGAUUCGGACAUACCAGUUAUUGAAUAUUCAUAUUUUGGUGAGGACCAGUAUCCUAGAAAAAUAAUUAUCCCAUACCCAAAGGCUGGGGCUAAAAAUCCUACUGUUAAAGUGUUUAUUGUGGACACUAUUAACACUGAAGUGUUUGGUCCUAAGGAGGUCCCAGUUCCUGCAGUCAUAGCAUCCAGUGAUCAUUAUUUUGCUUGGCUUACUUGGGUAACGGAUAGUCGAAUCUGUGUGCAAUGGCUAAAGAGAAUCCAGAAUUUUUCAGUUUUAGCUAUUUGUGACUUCAAAGAAAAUUCAAAUACUUGGGACUGUCCAGAGAAUCAACAGCACAUAGAAGAGAGUCAGACAGGAUGGGCAGGCGGAUUCUUUGUUUCUGCACCAUAUUUUACAUCAGACAGCAGUUCAUACUACAAAAUUUUUAGUGACAAAAAUGGUUAUAAGCAUAUUCAUUACAUCAAUGACUCUGUGGAGAAUGCAAUCCAAAUUACAAGUGGAGAAUGGGAGGCAAUAUACAUUUUCAGAGUAACAAAUGAUGCAAUUUUCUAUUCAAGCAAUGAAUUUGAAGGCUAUCCAGGAAGAAGGAACAUUUACAAAAUCAGUAUUGGAAGUAAACCUAUCAGAAAACAAUGCAUUACUUGCAAUUUAAGGAAAGAGAGAUGCCAGUAUUAUACAGCAAGGUUCAGUGAACGUUCUAAGUAUUAUGCCUUGAUCUGUUAUGGUCCCGGGAUUCCCAUUUCUACCCUUUUUGAGAACCAUGGUGAUAGAGAGCUCAGAGUAUUGGAAGACAAUUGGGAAUUGCAAUCUGCUUUGCAAGAGAUCAAACUACCAAAAGAAGAAAUUAAUAAAUUUGAAGUGGAUGGUAUAACUUUGUGGUACAAAAUGCUUCUACCCCCACAGUUUGAUAGAUCCAAGAAGUACCCUCUACUUAUUCAGGUGUACGGAGGGCCUUGCAGUCAGAAUGUAAAGGAAACAUUUAGCAUUAGCUGGAUAACCUAUCUUGCAAGCAAAGAGGGAAUUAUUGUUGCUCUAGUGGAUGGCAGAGGGACGGCUUAUCAAGGUGACAAGAUUUUGCAUGCAGUGUAUCGAAGACUAGGAGUCUAUGAAGUUGAGGACCAAAUCUCAGCAGUGAAGAAAUUUAUAGAAAUGGGGUUUAUUGAUGAGAAACGAAUAGCAAUAUGGGGCUGGUCCUAUGGUGGGUACGUAACUUCUUUGGCGCUUGGAUCUGGCAGUGGAGUAUUUAAAUGUGGAAUGGCUGUGGCUCCUGUUUCCAGCUGGGAAUAUUACGCAUCUAUCUACACAGAACGAUUUAUGGGUCUUCCUGUAGAGUCAGAUAAUCUUGAGCACUACAAGAAUUCAACUGUGAUGGCAAGAGCAAAGAAUUUCCAAAACGUAGAGUAUCUUCUCAUCCAUGGAACAGCAGAUGAUAAUGUACAUUUUCAGAACUCAGCACAAAUCGCAAAAGCUUUGGUUAAUGCACAGGUGGAUUUCCAGGCAAUGUGGUAUACUGACCAAAACCAUGGAAUUCCAGGCCUUUCCAGCAAACAUCUCUACACACAUAUGACCCACUUCCUCAAACAAUGUUUUUCUUUGUCAGAAUAAGUAGGCUAUUCAAAGCAUGCUAAGGAUCUGAUACAUCUCUGGGAGAAUGCAAUGAUAACAGUGCCCAGGUUAUAUAGUUUUCAGGUGAAUUGAUAACAGGAACUUUGAAGUUUUAAACUUGAUGUUUACAUAAACUUUUGAUAUUGUAUAUUAGCAAAUGUUAUGCUAAUACAUGUUUCGGCACAUUUAACACCUGUUUGAUAGAAAAAAUAAAAUCAGAAUGUAAAAUGCCAUGUGCAUUUAUUGCCAUCUUGCUUAAACUUACAUUCUGCAAUCUAAAGAAAGGUGGUCCAUUGCAAAGGCACAAUGCCAAAUGAAUAUGCUUGCAUUUGUUAACUACAGCUGUAAAAUGGGAAAGGACAAAGAAAGCAGUGCAAGUACCUAAUUAGCAUCCUAACAAGAACCAGUUUCUCAAAAUGUAUUUCCAAUUUCUUGGAAGGAAUCCAAGCAGGGAUAGGACCACACAAUAUUUAAAGCUGAAGUUUGGAUAAUUACCCAGAAUAGUGAAUGCUGUGUUCAAAUUUUAUUCAACUCUUAUUUGCAACCUUGAUUCUGCAAAACUCUCAAUGUUAAGGUUUAAAUAUGAAAGCAGGACAUUCAUGAUAGCUAUUUUAUCUCAGUGUUUUUUCUCCCUAUGUUCAGAAUGUGUGAGCCGUAUUAGCCUGUUUUUAAUCUCUAAUCAUCACCUCAGCAUUCAAAUUAAUCUCAAUGUCAUUCAUCCCAGACUGGAGGGAAAGGAUCAAAGGAUUAUGUAGGCCUUCUUUGCUUUGUUUCCAGUGAAACUAUUUUAGGGAGUCUUAAAAGUGCUAGAGGCUAAUAAUGAUUGGAUUACUUGUAUUCUUUUCAUUAGUAAUUAAAUCAGUCCUGUCAUAAUAUAAGAAUAUGAACAAGAUAAUUGCCAAGAGAUCCACUGUAGAUGAAAUGAUUCUCUGGUCACGUGUUUAAAAAAUUCUAAGUUAGACUACUGCAUAAGAACCAUGGUCUGUUUAACAGUCUCUCAUCUCUGCUAUUAGCCAGUGAGAGUACAACAUAACCUGAAAAAGAUUGUGGAAUAGCCUUCCCACAAAGCAAGCUGCUUCCUAACUCUCAGUCAGAGAUCGGUUGCUGCUUCUUUGUGGAAAAGCAAGGGGUUUCAUUUGACCCUCUUGACAAAAACAUGGGGUUUAGCCAAAAUCAUUAAAAUGUGGAAGUGAUUUGCUAUGUAACAGCUUCCUUCGUUUGUUAAUGGCAAUAUCAAAUUUGAUUUUCCACACAUGAGAACAUUCUUCAGACACAUCUUUAUGUAAAUGUAGUUGCCAAGCUGUUUGUAAUGGUUAAAUUAUACUUUGAUGGGAACUCUUCAGAAAAUACUCAAUUAGUUCAGGUUUUUUUGGAAACGCUGCCAAUUAUGUGACGUUAAUGAGCUUUUUGUUGGUAAUGUAAUUAAAAUUCAACUGCUAUAAUGGUUAAAGGAAAAAAUUAUAGCUCUAAGAAAGUUAACAUUAAGCAAAUAUAACAUGAAGUGGGGCUAAUUAGAUGUUGAUUAUAUGGUCCUAUGUGCAUUUGCUGCACACACCAGUAGUCUCAGUAAUGUAGUAAUUUUACAAAUAAGGAAUACAAUUCAGUUGUAGUUACUGAGAUUUAACUCUCAAUUUCUUAGAUUGAUACAACACCACAGAAACCAUUGCAAAGUUGUGGUGAAAGAAAAAUCAAACUCUUAUCCCAGAUGCUUAAAGGUUUUAGAUACCUGAAUAUGUCAAUGGGAACCUAGAGAAAUUUUCAAAAAAGCAUGGUAUCAAUCUCACAGAAAUAUCAAUAUAUUAAGUUCUCUUUAAAUUUUUGCACCUUUAUUUUUAUUUAUACUUUUGAAAAUCCUAUGAACUCUGGAAAUUUGGCCAGAUGAACUGGCUCUUUGUGGAUACUAUAAGUAACAAAGUGAUGCACUGUGUUGUUCACACCCUGCCCACAGGUCUGUAGUCAGAAGAUUCUGGAAGUAUUUGGAGUACAGGACAUUUCAGGAAAACGUGUCAAAUAAAAUAACAGAAGGUACCUUUUUCCCAAGGGAUGCAUUAGCUGUUUCAUUAUUAAUCUGCACUUAUGUCUAUUUCUUUCCUAAGGCAGAUUACGCAUCUCCCAAACUGUCCACCAUUUACAUUGGCUUGUAGGAAGCAGUUGUGGGGAUAAAACAUGAAAAAAUAAGUGCAUCAUGCUGCUGUCAGUUUUGCUUCAUUGUUUUUUGUGUUGUUAAUUUAUUUACCUUACACAGUGCUCUUGCCAAAGAAUAGGAAUAUGUCUUCAGCCGAGUGUGACAUUUACUUUGAGUUGCUGGAAUAAUGUCUAACCUGAAAGCUUUAUGACUGAGCAACCAUGUAUUUUGAUGACAUGGGGGAAAAUGUUCUAGGAUACUGUGAGUGUCAAAAAAAACUCUUAAAAACAGACACAACAUCAAAUUGCUGGCCUGUGCUAAUACCAGGUAACGUUGCAGUCAUUCAUUAGAAAUGGUUCCGAGCACUUUAAACUUACCAUCGCAGUAUCACAGAAUGGUUGGGGUUGGAAGGGAACUUUGGAGGUCAUCUUGUCCCACCUCCCUGUUCAAGCAGGGAGCCCAGGACUAUGUCCAGACAGCUUUUGAAUAUCUAAAAGGAUGGAAACUCCACAACCUCUCUGGACCACCUCUGCCAGUGCUCAGUCACCCUCAUAGUAAAAAAGUGUUUCCUUAUGUUCAGACAGAACCUGCUGUGUUCCAGUUUGUGUCUGUUGCCUCUUGUUCUGUCACUGCGCAUCACUGAAAAGAGCCUGGCUCCAUCUUCUUUACACCCUCCCUUCAGAUAUUUAUAUACAGUGAUAAGAUCGUCCCGAGCCUUUUCUUCUCUAGAAGGAGAACUUUUUCCAGUCUGCAUUGCUGUCUACGAUCAUAAUCCAUGUUAUACGCAUCACCAUAAACAUUCAGUGGACAGUUAUUUGCCCCAUUCCUUUUUAAUCUAGCCUACAGUAUAGGCUCUUCUGUAACAGCUUCAACACAGUUCAAGGUGAAAGGCUUGUCCUGAGGAAUCAAGCUAACAAAAAUAUGUUUCAGGGUUAGCCUUAUCUAUAAAUAAAAAGUAUAUAUAUAUCAAUACUGCAGAUGUAGAAUAUGGUAUUUAAGAGCCAAUGCUGGGACACAACUCAUUAUGAAACUAAGAAAUUAUAGCUUUUAUUACAAGAUUUUCUAGGCCGAUAAAUUAAUAUCCUCAAAGUUUUACUUCCCACCUUCAAAUGUUUUAGAGGACCCAAGUUUCAGAAAAUGCUGAGCGCUUUCUGCUUUUCUUUUCCCUGUUGAGUAAGAAUCUCACACUUCAGAUGCCCAAAAACACCACUUCAGACAAUGAAACUCAGUCUUCAAAUAUCUGUCAUAUAAACAAGGUAUACAAGCCUCUGAAGAUGGGACAUAGUUGUUCUGAAUUAAGUAGACAGGCCCUUGAUUAAUAGCCACAGUUGUUUACAAGUCAGUUUCCACUAUGAAUCCUGCUUAACUUUUACAAAAUAAAGCUAGAGCUGCAAAGCAAAAACUGCUUUAUUCUAGGAACAGAAGCAUACAUAAAUAGUAUGUACUGGUUCCAUUCCAAACCAUUCAUUCCCCAACACCUAUUUUCAUCAUUUUCUUCAUUCAUGCUGUGUGAGUUGUGCACAUCAAUGAACAUGCAAUCCUCAUACCUCAAACAUGGAACUACAUCCUUUGCUUCACUCAGGAUUACUGCAGCUGCAAAGAAGAAAAGGCCUCAAGAGAAAACAGCAUUAGUAGAAAACCAAGUAUAAACCCAGCCAGACUCCAGAAUAUGGUUAGUGUUAUACUCAUUUUACUCAGAUAUCAAGUCAAAUUCAGACUACAUUCAAUACUUUCCAGUUUGCCAGUCAGUUCCAAUUACAAGGCACAGCUGUUUAGUACAUUUUAUAGAGUCAUUUGAAGGCUCUAUAUUUAAUCUGAGUAAUUCAUAGUAUUUGCUAAGAGCAUUUGGUAUUACUUUCAAUUAUGAACAUUGUCUUCUCAGAAUGUAAAGUAACUAGUACAUACUUGGCCAGCUCUUCUGCUUGCGCAAAUUGAUGCAGCUCCAUUGACUUCAAAUGGAGCGAUUCCAAUUUAUGUGAGUAGACAGUGUGGGCUACAGCAUAGUUACAAUAGUUCUCUUUUCUGAGGUACAAACCCAUCAGCAUCCAUGGCAGUGAGCACAGAGUUGCAUGCUGUGGAAAGGCUUAGAGACCCUAAGCUAAUCCUCCAUUUCAGAAAGCUAUUCUUGCUCUCCAAAGUGUAACCAUGGAGUUGUAUACAUACAUAUGCAUACAUUUGUGUGUUAUGUAUAUGUACACAUGUAUGUAUGUAACAUGAUGCAUAUGUUUUAUGUAUGUAUGUGUUUAGACAGAUUCCUCUAUAUAUUGCACUAAUUCCUAGAAGGGGAAUGCAGAGCUCUUUUGGCUGAUUAUCCCAUAGCAAGGAUAGGAAAAUAAAAGGGGCUGCACGGCCCAGCCUCAUGGUUGACAAGGUUAGGGAGAGAAAAAUGCUUUCUGUGCAAUGUAAGAAAGAAAAGGGUGUGGGCCUGUAGUCAUACCCCAAGAUACAUCCUCCUCCCUCCCAUGUUCUUUAGAUGUGUAAUAGGUAAUAAUAAUAUAAUAACAAUAAAUAUGUAAUGAAGAAAUACCCAGAAAAAUGUGAGGAGUUCACUUUUUUUGAAAAAAUUUGUUGGAAAUUUUUUUGGUUUUUUACUUUCGAAAGUCAGGAACUUCCUAAUUCGUACAAAUGUUCAAAUCUUGAAGAUUUUAUUUUUUUUUCUUGUACCAACAGUUAAAGAGUUGAGAGAAACAUCCUAGAAAAUUAUGAUAUUCAGAGAAUGCUAGCCAGUUAUAACAAAUACAUUGGUCCUAUUUUUCUGAAAAGCCAUGCCAACUGGAAUGGUCAGUGCUAGAGCAUCAGGUUCAGUGUGCAGCCGGUAAGAAUUCUGCUUCUCAUUUUACCUCUUCUGUACUUUCACCACGGAUUUUUUGUCCAGUGAGCGCAGUACACUGUCCUUAAUAGCAGCCAUUACCCGGUGCUGAGAUGAUGGUGCAGGAAACUUUGAUCAACUCCAAAUACGGUGAAUCAAAGAUACAGAUUUUUUCAUGACUCCAAGUGAAUCAUGAAAAACAUCAAGAUGAAACUUUCCUGCAGGCAGGUCACUUUCAGAUUCUGUCUCUUUGUGUGACUCAGUUGAAGUACUGUCUCAUAUGUGAACUAUAAUAUACAGGAAAGUGAGGUUGCCUUUGACUUUUGCCAAAAGGUGACAUCUAACUAUUCUAUUUUACAAUAUGAGAGGAAAAAACCUGAGUAUAUAUGCAUAACGAGUGUUCCAUACACUCGUUACAAUUUUCUACUUCUGUUUGGUAACUCUUGUUUGCUGUGCUCUUGAAAUGUGCAUUACUACAGAUUGAGUUAUGGCAACUGAAGGUUGCAUGGUUCUUGAUUGCAGUUCACUUCUUUCCAGUACUUUUUAUUGUCUGUGUAUCACUUGAAAAACAAAUAAUCAGUCACCUUCUAGAUGCUAGAUGACCUGCUAGAUGAUAUUGCCUGUGUAACAGCCUGCCCAGCCAGGUGCACUGAGCUGCUCUGUCUCAUAUAUUUUUUUCUGAAAUCAUCCUACUGUAAACAUGGAACUUUAUCUGACACAAGAAAAUAAACAGAGCUAAACAAAAAGAAAAGAACUGCCUGUUUCCUGGAGGAGGCGAUAUUUUCUUACAUUCUGUAUUGCCUGUUUAGAAAGCUAUGUAUCUUUAACUCAACAUGCAGUGAGAUAAUUAUCUGCAGCAAUCUGUUUCAACGAGGGUGUGUCAUCCUAGUGUCAAAAAAGCCUAAACGGCCCUUUUAUCACCAUCUGCUGUCCGGUUGGGGUACUGCAGGGCUGGGCAGCCU